UCUGCGCCAGCACUUUCGAUUCCCCUUGCAGAGGUUUGUGUUGCUGCCGUCGUCCCGGGGUAAGGCGCUCCUGGAACCCUCCUUCCCUGCUUUCCCUUUCGGAAGCAAAGGCCGAAGGACCCUGUAUGCCGCCUCUUCGCCCAACACGCAGGCACACGCGGGUACCAGUGUCUACAAACGGCCUCUUGGGGUGUCUGGUGGGACUUGAAAUCCUCCUUCAAUGAAGUCACACCUUUUCCAACCGCACCGAGUAGGACGGGAAUCGGCUUGUCUCUCCGGAGAGGCCAGGGUCCCUGUCCCCCCCACCCUGCAACGCGGCACGUUCACUACCGCAGGACUGACCUGAAGAGGGCUGGUUGCCCAGGAAGGCCCCAGCCCGUGCCCUCUCACCCUGCCUUAGAGGCACCUCUCCCCAAAGAAGCACUCCAGAAAUCUUGCCCUCUUGCCGCUGAUUGGAGCCCGGGAUCACAGACCAGUAGUGAAAAAUCAGGAUGGGUGAGAGAUUCUCCCAGCUGGGCUCUCCGUGGGAGGAUGAAAAGAAGUUGAUCCUGCCCCCUAACCGAGCCGUUGGCAGCAAGGCCUACUCCAGCACCGGUAGCAGCACGUCUCUUUGUUCCCAUGUGCCUUGUGAAGGGGCUGCUGGUGCCAGCUUUGUGACAUGCCCUACCUGCCAAGGCAGUGGUGAGAUCCCCCAAGAGCUGGAAAAGCAGCUGGUGGCUCUCAUUCCCUAUGGGGACCAAAGGCUGAAGCCCAGGCACACGAAGCUCUUUGUGUUCCUGGCCGUGGUCAUCUGCCUGAUGACCUCCUCCUCCGUCGUCUUUUUCCUGUUUCCGCGGUCCAUCACCGUGCAGCCUUCAGGCCUCAACUCCUCCACAGUGGCCUUUGACGAGGCUGACAUCCACCUCAACGUAACGAAUAUCUUGAACAUCUCCAAUAGCAACUACUACCCCAUCAUGGUGACCCAGCUAACCAUAGAGGUUCUGCACCUGUCCCUCGUGGUGGGGCAGGUUUCUGACAGCCUUCUCCUACACAUCGGCCCUUUGGCCAGUGCACAGAUAUUUUAUGCAGUACCCAGCAGGAUACAGGAUGAAAAUACAUACAAAAUCUGUACCUGGCUGAAAAUCAAAGUCCACCAUGUACUUUUGCACAUCCAGGGCACCCUGACCUGUUCCUACCUGAGCCAUUCAGAGCAGCUGGUCUUCCAGAGCUAUGAAUACGUGGACUGCCGGGGAAACACGUCGGAGCCCCACCUGACGGUCCCUCACCCACCGUGACCUGUCUGCUGUCCCUGUACUCCAGGCACCUACAAGCCUGGUCUGUAUCUCCCACAACUCUAUGGUGACCAGGGAAGGACUAUAGUGGCUUUGCCAUAGGAAAAGCCCUGCUUUAUUGUACCAUCACCCCCCCACGCCUCAGCCCAGGAAGCUUGCUGAAGUUAACUUCAUCCACGCACGUGCUCAUGUCCUCUGACCUCCCCCGGUCCUUUCAGGAGCCAGCAUCAGGUCCUGCCCUCGUUCUGUCUUGAGGGAAAUCUGACCUGACCUUUUCUUGAGGUGCUUUAGAGUCCCUGGAGUGGCACCUGCCCUUUCUGUCCUGAGCACCUUGACUGCCCCGCUCCACUGGGGCUGGCUCUCCUCCUGUUGGUGUGUUUAUCUGGCUUUUAAAUCACGGACCCUUUUCAGAUUUUCCACUAGUGAUGAGAAAGUGACUUUGGGGAUACCCAGUGCUGCCUCCAAGGCCUUUUAGGGGACCACAGAUGCUUUCCUGCGGCUGUCUGCUUUGGUCAUGUGGCAAAGUGAUGGUGAUGGCCUGCUUCUCUCUUGUAAUUUGUCCGCUGUCCAUCUGACAGGAUUAGCCGAGGCCCUUUGGCCCUUUGUCCUUCCUGGUUAAUGACUGUCCCUGGUUCUAAAGAAGACAGAGCUGUUCUCCAGCUAAAGCUUCUCCUCUCUAUAAAACAGUUUUACUGUUCUCUUCAUAGCCAAAGUAGUAGGGGAGAGGAGGGAGACACCUGCCACCCCCUGGACCUACACGGGAAGAACAGGGCCAAAGGCAGAGUAAUUCUAAAAGGUAUUUAUUAAAGGAGGGUUUCUAAGCCCACGCCAAGCCCCUGCCAGUGGAUACAGGCAGGUCAGACAGUGGGCACGGCUGCUGUCUUCUGAAAGCCCGCAUGAGAUGAAGCUGUCAGUGUCCAUCCAGCGCCACUGGGCUCUCUUCCACCCCCAGCUCAGCACCAGGGCCUGCCCUGCCUCCCAGAGGCCUCUGCUGUCCCCUGGGCUUUGAUAGUGCGGAGCAGCACAUCAGCAGGGACCCCUCACUUUCCUGUCGCCCGGCUGAAGCUAAGCCCCAGAUAACGCCUCCCUGCUGGGCUCCUAGUGGAAGUGGUUUCUGUACUUCAGUGGAACAGGAAGGGUUAUUUGUUAAAUGCGGCUGGGUCUUUAUCAUUCAGACAGGCGGACAUAUGAACAGAGGUGGGUAGGGAAAGCUGAAUUUGAAGUAGAAUGGGUGGAGAGGGGAAAUGGUGACAGCUUAGCUGGCUGGGGCACAAGGGGAAGGAAGGAGGUCUGUCUCCAAGCUGAGGCCAAGACGGUGCUGGCAAGAGCAUGGAAGUCCAGGGAGGCCAGGCCAGAGCUGCUGUGUAGGUCACCAAAUGUAAAGGAUUUAUAUUGCGUUCAAUAAACUAUACUUAGCAGUGUUCAAAAAAGUCUCCUGGGGCUGGUGGGAAGGUAGUGAGUUAUCUCAAUUGAUUGUUCACGGUCAGUUGCAGAUCGAAGUCUUUGUUCUACUCUUUCCCCUUCUCACUACUGCACUUGACUAGUCUUUAAAAAAAAUGGCCGGGUGCGG